UUUCUUGAUUCACUCUAAGUAACUACACCCAAGCUCGCAAGAACUCGCUCCAGCCGUUUUUGUCAUUCCAAGUACACAUCAGUGGAGCUUGUUGCACUAGGUAUGGAGCCCGUGGAGCUGCAACAAACACCUUCGCGGACGCACUCAGACUCCUCUCGGUUUUCCUCUGGAUCGGUCAGUCUCACGGACCUGUCGGAAAAUUCGAAGUCAACGGUAGACGUUGCUCUAGUUGCGGGACUACCAGCGAGUCACGACAACGAGAACGAGAACGAAGCUUCCUAUUUCCUCCAACUCGAUCGACAGCAUGCAGGACCACAGUCUUCAGAGCGAUCAUCAAGCGAAAACAAGCACCAAACGCGCGCUUCUAGCCGCUCAGUUUUCACGGACUGGUGGGAAGAGCUGGUCUCAGUCGCUAUUGGCUUGGUUUGCACCUUUUCGGCCAUCACCAUAUUGGCAUACAUGGACAGACGAUCUAUGCGCGAUUGGAGACUUCCGAUCCAGCCCAACUCUUUAGUCGCUCUACUCGCGACUUUGACCCGAGCUGCCCUGGUGUAUCCUGUGUCAGAAUGCAUCGGGCAUCUCAAAUGGGUGUAUUUCGAGAGACCGCGGCCUUUAAACUUCAUGAACGCUUUUGACAUUGCUUCUAGGGGCCCCUUGGGUACAUCCAAACUUCUUUGGACAACAAGAUUGGGGUCGCCCUUGGCUUCCUGCGCCUCACUGGUGAUCAUUAUACUGCUACUCUUUCAGCCCUUCAUGCAACAAGCUAUUGAAGUCUCUUCUAGACUGGCGCCACUAUCGAAUGAGACAGCACUCGCUGCACGUACAACAACUUGGUGGCUACAGCUAAACCCAUGGAUGGAGAAUCCGGACAGACGAUUCUGGCCCGCACUUUCGCAUGGUCUGUUUAAGGCAGUGACGAACGAGGACCCUAGCCAACCGAUCAAUACCUAUUGCUCAACCUCGGUGUGCAAAUUUCCCGAAUUUGACACAUUAGCAAUGUGUUCGGUAUGUGAGGACCAAGUAAUCCAGGUCAACGCCUUCAAGGACUUCGAUAACUGCACAUUCUCUUUGAAUGUCACAGACAAACAGGUCAUCAAGCCAACCUUCAGCGAGAUAAGUCACGAGAUUGAAUCACGAAGAUAUCGCGAAAACUUUUACGGCCAUCUUUCAUGCCAAAACAAUCUGCUAUCUUUCGUAUUAAAUCUCAACAAUGGGUACGAGAACUGGAGCAACGAUACUAGUACCUACAUUAGUUUGAGUCUCUUCGGUCGAAAAGAAGGCACAUAUGGAGUGGACUAUGAAACCUACCCAUGGCUUGGGCAAAACCGUCCAUUCGGCUCUGACGCGCCCGUUCGCAGUUUCAAAUCUUGCCGAAAUUCUGCCCCCGACAAAAUAACGCAACACACGUACGAGUAUUGGAACACCGUCCUAAGAUCUGACUGUUUGAACUCAACGAGUGAUCUGCAGAGUUAUGUUUCUGGCAACAAGUUGACCUCCAACUUCGGUACUAUCAACGGCACCCUUACAACCUGUUCUUUGCAACCCUGUGCAAAACGCUACUCAGCAUCGAAGCUAGAGAACACAAGAAUCUCUGCAGAACUCGUUUCUUCUACAACUAAGUUUCAGAACGCGACGAAGCAGAGCGAUACUUAUCUGGAAUGGUCAUCGGAGUAUGCCGUUGACAGCGCAGUCAUCCAGUACUGUGCCGACAAUACAACCGACUGUCAGUACUCUUGGAGAAUGUAUGCUACAAGAGAUCUUGGCGCGGCGAUCAAAAAGAUCCUUGACUCUGAAGAUUUUGUACGAUAUCAAGCAGCGCUGCCGUCGACCUUUGACCACAAUUUCACCACACUCUACCACCGGAUAUCUGACGAGAUAUCUGUACUUAUGCGGAGUUCAGCGAAUCCCAACGCUACCAACAUGACUGGCAUCGCAUAUGGAACAGACAUUUAUGUCAAGGUACGGUGGCUGUGGCUUGUACUUCCCUUACUCACAAUCACUGCAUCAAUGCUAGUGUUGGGUUUUAGCAUAUUGGACAGCAAUAAGAAGAACUAUCUGUUCAAGAACAAGAUCCUCGCAUCUUUUGCAUUCGAACUCGAUGGAUGGGAGAAAGAAGAAUAUAGGGCAGAUCAUGCCUGGGAGAGACAUACUGUAAGGAGACUGGAAGAAACGUCAGAAAGAAUGAUGGCUUCGAUCCACCUUCCUAGCGAGGACGAUGAUGGGUUGAAAUUGAAGAAGGCGUGAGAGAGAUAAAGGAAAAUCAGCUACAUUAUCAAGUCACAAGAAACAAGAGCUAGUGGCAUCU